CGCCCUCCCUCUCCGACACCACAGAAGAAGUAACCCAGUUGCUGCAUGCCCGUGACGAUGGCGGCCGCCUUGAGAGGAAGCUUGUUAACAUUGGUCAAGGGUCUGAGCAGCCCCCGGUGGCAGCAGCUGGCCUCUCGACAACUGAGUGUGUCUGCUGUUCUCUGUAGCCCAGAAGCCCCUCCGGCCCGUGCUGAUGCUACCUUCAAGGUCACCAUGGUGCCGGGGGAUGGAGUGGGACCUGAGCUCAUGACUGCUGUCAAGGAAGUGUUCAAGGCAGGAGAUGUCCCAGUAGAAUUUGAGGAGUUCCACUUGAGCGAGGUACAGAACAUGGCCAGUGAGGAGAAGCUGGAUCAGGUGUUGACCUCUAUGAAGACCAACAAAGUGGCCAUGAAAGGAAAGAUCCACACACCUAUGGAGUUCAAAGGAGAGCUGGCUUCAUAUGAGAUGAGACUGAGGCGUAAACUGGACCUCUUCGCUAAUGUGGUUCAUGUGAACAGCCUUCCGGGCUACAGCACUCGCCACAACAACCUGGACCUGGUCAUCAUCCGUGAACAGACUGAGGGGGAGUACAGCUCUCUGGAACACGAGAGUGUGACCGGUGUGAUUGAGUGUUUGAAGAUCAUCACCAGAGAGAAGUCCCGGCGCAUCGCCAAGUUCGCCUUUGAUUAUGCCACCAAGAAGGGGCGAAACAAGGUCACCGCUGUCCACAAGGCCAACAUCAUGAAAUUAGGUGAUGGCCUGUUUCUGCAGAGCUGUGCAGAGAUUGCACAACUGUAUCCCAAAAUCAAAUAUGAGAACAUAAUCAUUGAUAACUGCUGCAUGCAGCUGGUCCAGAAUCCGUACCAGUUUGACGUGCUGGUGAUGCCCAAUCUGUACGGUAACAUUAUUGAUAACCUGGCAGCAGGGCUGGUAGGAGGAGCUGGCGUUGUUCCUGGGGAAAGCUACAGUGCAGAGUAUGCUGUGUUUGAGACUGGUGCCCGCCACCCCUUUGCACAAGCUGUAGGAAGAAACAUCGCUAACCCCACAGCCAUGCUGCUCAGUGCCUCUAACAUGCUCAGGCACCUCAACCUUGAAUAUCACUCCAACAUGGUGUCAGAUGCUGUCAAGAGGGUCAUCAAACAGGGCAAGGUACGGACACGAGACCUUGGCGGUUAUUCUACCACCAGCGACUUUGUGCGUGCUGUCGUGGAAAACCUGCGCCACCGACCCACUUACUAAGAUGUUUUGUCACACUCCUCUCUGACUUUCCUUUAAAUCUGGACAUUAAUCUUAACAUGAACUGGACGCAUGUUAAGACUCACCUCCCCUCUCACUGCAUAAUGACUGUUCAGUGCCAUCAGUUGCAUUCUAAUGUAUACGGUUAAUACCAAAGGUCCUGUUGUACAUCACCAAAAAAGGAUUCCCAUCAUUCAUCUGUAUCAUCUUUACAUCCUUCCUCAUAGUUACUGUCCAUCGGACUAUUUGUCUUUCCAUUUCAUGUCAUUAUGUGUGUCGAUGUCCAAGUGUUUCAGCCUUGUCCACCUCCAGGCUACCUCUCUACUGUCGAAAUUGUGUAGAGUCUGUCUGUACAGAAACAACCAGACCACAUUUAUCAACAGUUUAUAUCAGCUGCUCGCCACCAACCUGCAUCACUUUUCUUUUAUUCUCAUUGUCUGACAUUCUCAUCAGUCAUAAUGAAACAUCUUUAAGCCAACUGUCACUGUAACUCAAUAUACAGUACAAACAUUUCUGAACUACUUAAUUUUUAAUGUAUUUAAUAGAACUGCCAGUUCAGUGCUGCAAAAAGCACCUAAAAUUGUGGCUGUGAGUUGCUGCAACAUUUAUGUAUCUCACUGUGAUAUUAAUAACUCCGUUAAUAUUUAAAUGUUUCUGCCAAAACAAAAAAGAAAACCAAAAAUGAUUACUUUCAGGAAUAGCUCCACUGACCAACUUUCAAGACAUUGUUUUAAAGUAAUUCUACCGUUUUAUAGCUGCAGAAAUUCUCUGAGUGUCCAUAAAGCUAGUAAAUAUUCUCUGUCAGCGCACCAGUUGACAGCAUUGACAUUCAGACUAAUUAUGAUUUGGUAUCCUAAAGGUUAUCUGUGUAUUCUUGGGUAUCAUAACAACAAAUGAAUUGUGUGAAAUGGUCAUUUUUGUAUUGCAUUUCUAAGGACUCCUGUAAAAGGAGCUUUGUGUAAUAUUGUUGCUGUUCAUGACAUUGAUGCUGUAAGAAAGUGAAAGACUGACUGCUCUGUCUCACUACUUCAUCUUUGCUCUGUGUAUCACUGUGUCAUAGUUUAAGAGUCUUUACAGUUGGUAGCUCUUAACCAUAUAAAGAUAUAAAGUAGUAUAUUGGUUAUAGCUGCACUUAAUGUUGCAGAUUUUCCAAAUUUUGUGUACUGCCACAGUACAAAACACAGUAAAUGGGGUCAUGUUCUUUUUUGAAUUCAUAUCCUUCUUGGAGAAUUCAUACUUGAAUACUGAAGCUUGAUGUAGUAUUGAAUAAAUAACAUCAGUCAUCUUUUCAUAAUCACU